UGAAGACGUAACUACUUCCUGGAUCAGAAAUAGGAGAUGAUAGCGAUAUUUUGAUUUUGUGGUGUCCUUUGUUCAGUAAUAUCUUAAAUCACAGUUUCAAGCUCUACCUAUUACUGUUUUUAGCGCAGCUCAGUCUUGCCUCAUUCACCAUAAAUAAUCUGUGUUAGCGGAGUGUGACCGUUAUUUCUAGAGGCUACUUCUGUCUAGUGCUAAGUGACGUGAAGUCAGAAGGCUAGCUACUGAAGCUAGUUCUGCCAACCUCGAUAGAUUGAGCAAGUUAUGAUUGCAAUACAGUUGUGAGUAUUUCGGUUUCGGGAAGACAAACAGCAAACCAUCGAGACUGCUUUUCCAAAUCCAGAUAGAGUCAAGUCAUGAGUGCAGAAGACUCAAACCCUGCCGCCACACCCACUCCCUGUGAAGACAUACAGGGAGAUGGACGAUGGAUGUCAAUGCACAACCGCUUUGUGUCUGACAGCAAAGACAAAGAACCUGAUGUCGUGUUUGUUGGAGACUCACUUAUUCAGCUCUUGCACCAGUUUGGGAUAUGGCGGCAGCUGUUUUCUCCUCUCCAUGCCCUCAAUUUCGGGGUCGGUGGUGAUGCAACACAACAUGUGCUGUGGAGACUGAGCAACGGCGAACUGGAUAACAUCAGCCCAAAGGUUGUAGUGCUGUGGGUAGGCACCAACAAUCAUGGUCACACUCCUGAACAGAUCUGCGGAGGCAUAUUGGCUAUUGUCCAAGUCAUCAAGAACAAGAUCCCACAUGCUCACACACUUGUACUUGGUUUACUGCCCAGAGGUAAAAUGCCAAACCCUCUGCGGGAUCGAAAUGCCAAGGUGAACAAGCUGGUCCAAGAGGCUGUGUCAUCCCUCGCCCAUGCCUCUUUCCUUGAUGUUGACCCUGGUUUUGUCCACUCCAAUGGUAGUAUCUCCCACCAGGACAUGUACGAUUACCUUCAUCUGACUCCUCAGGGCUACCAGGCUGUGUGUGAACCUCUGCAUGCUCAUCUCAAGUCUUUGCUAGAAAAACCUACUGAGAACUGAAUAAUCAGGGCAAAAACUAACACUACUGCAGUGGUCCUUUUCCCUGUUUCCAGAGAACAUCACUCUCUGCCAAUUAACACCCCGAAUGAUGGAAUGAUUUCAUUUCUAAAUGUUCUGAGCUGUAAAUUAUUUUUUUAAGUCCUCUCUUUGACCAGGGUUGGUGACCACUGUAACAGAUAAUGGUACCAGGAAGCUUUCUGUGUCUAUGAUACAAUUAAAAAUUAAAUGUGCUGUUCUUUAGAGAGAGAUGAAGUCCAGCUUCUGUUUUGGUGAACAUUGGUUCUUGAAUUGUUUUUCCAUGGAAGAAUUUAAAGUAAUAUGAGAUCUGAAGGGUGGAUGUCACUUCAGUUGAACCUCUCAUAAGUUCGUCAAAGUUAAAUUAAAUAUAUGUUUGUAUUUUACUGAAUAAUACAGCCUGGCCAAAACAAAGUCCCACACUCUACUAUUUUGUUGGACCACGUUUAGCUUUGAUUGUGGCACACGCUCACCAUGGCAUCAUUUUAGUAAGCGUAUGUAAUCUCACAGCAUUGUUUUACUUUGGACAUUUAAUGUUGCUAAACCUAAACUUGAUCAGCUGAAGCAACCCCAGAUCAUAACACUGCCCCCCACAGGCUUGCACUGUAGACAGUAGGUAUGAUGGGUAAUCGCUUCACCCUGCUCUCUUCUCACUGUGAUGUGCCCAUCAUUCUCGAACAGGCUCAAUCUGGACUCAUCACACCGCACGACCUUUUCCUUUCCUUUACUCAACAGAUCAAUCUUUAUGCUCUCUAGCAAAUGGGGGGUUGUUGAAGAAACAAGAAGCUUCUCACUGCAUCAGUUAGAGUUUAACAUCUUGUUGCAGAUGAAACAUAAUAAUCACUGCGGUAAUUAUCCAGUGGAAGGAUCUGAACUUGCUUUGUUAAAUUCAGGUGAGGAUUUUUUAGGUAGGGUGUGUUUAUAUGUUUAGUUGGAGGGCUGAUGAAAGAAAUCCUCUGUUACAAACUGUUUUUGGGUUAUGAAUUAAAUAAAUUGAAUUCAUUUGGAGAUAGCUUUAUUUACUCUGUUGUGAUGUCUGAUGUCUUUCGUUUGUUUGAAGAAGUGUUCAUUUUCUUGUCUGAACAUGGCAAUCAAUUCAUAACUAUUGUAUACUUGUUUUUUUUUUUUUUUUAAUGAUGUCACUUGUUUUUCAGUUUAGUCCUUGUAGUGUUCCCUGCACCUGUAGGUGUACAGUAUGUGGGUAGAUUGUGCGGUUGUAUUGAAGCACUUCAGUAGGUCGUGUUGUAUGGAUAUCUAAAGUCACUUCAAUUUCAACUGUUUUUGGCGCAGUGUAUAAGGCUUUACACUAAAAUGCUUCUGAGCCUUUUGGAUAAGAUUGUACUGCUGAACUUGAAUUAUGCUUUAGGUCUGCUGGUAAUGUAAGUGAUGAAAGAAUGCAAUAAACAGAAAAAUUAUGC